AUGGUAUAUUUGCGGCGCGGAGACACCGUCAUAAUACAUGGGUUAUUGAAGAAGGCACAGUUCAACGGUCUCAUAGGAGAGAUCUUGACGGUAGACGAAGAGAAGCGCUGUGCCCACAUUCUAAUAUCAAGAUGUGGUAGGACAUCGGAUAUUGCAGUUAGUAUCCGGAACUUGAAGAUGGUGGAAGAACGUCCCCCGCCUAGUUUUGCUAGCAACGGGAUUGUCUACGACUCCAUCUAUGAUGGAUGUCGGGUGCGAAUUUAUGGCCUCUCAGCUAGGGGGCACUUCAACGGCAUGGAGGGGAUAGCCCACGACUAUUAUGACCACAAGUGGAAGAUAAAACUGAGAUCGAGCGACAAGUGGCUGGUUGUGUCAGAGAAACACCUUGAAGUGCUUGAUAUCAGUGAUGAGAAUGGUCGUCGGAGAAGGGAGUGGCGACAUCCAUCACAGAACCGUGAGGAUCCACGAUGGCUUAUCGGUAAGAUGGUCGUGAAGCAGCUUGAGUCAUCCCGAAUCAUUGGGAAGGUGAUGAAGUGGCAUGAUUAUCAUAUUGGCGCCUCUGUACGAUACGAAGAUGGGGAUUUCGAAUUCCUCCCCGUCGACAAGGCCGAGUCUAUGGUUGUCGGUGAUUCGUGCCCAGAGGAGUUGGAAGCUGCACGAAGAAGAAUAGAUGCCUAUGAUGAUGUGCCAAUUCGAUACUCGCCUCCUGCGUCAUCGCCAGGGGAAACCGCCCUACCGACGCGAAAACGUCGACGAGUAGCGUUGCCUACUGAAGACGAUUCGUCGAGUCCGUCACUGGACUUGUCGGGAGAAACUCCCCUGGACUCGAGCAGCGCCUCGCCCCUAUCGAGAGACCAUACUUCCGAGUCUACUCCUAGCGACUUGUCUGCUUCUUCGAAGGAUAGACGCCGCAUUCAUGGUUCGCCGCUAUCGACACUCUCCUUCACCAGACCUGUCAUAUUCUUCAACUCGAUUUUUGUAGAUCAUGAAGGUGGCGGUCAGGACAAGGGGGGAAAAUGGUUGGAGGAGAUAGUGAAGAAGCUUAGGCACCAGAGGGUGUCUCGGAAGGCACACCGAACAUUGUCGAAUGCAUGCCAAUGGGUGUCCGAAGCCUCGCAAGCUGUCACGUUGGAGGAGGUCGCCGCUACCGGAGUACAUAGUGAAGACUAUCUCCAAGACUUGAGAGCCGUAGACAGAUAUAUCAACACAGCGACAGGUUUCAAACAGCGAGCGGUGGACUUGGCAUCGAAGCGGUGUUACUCUAUCAUCGGCCGACGACGUGCUGAGGUGCCGGGCGAAUGCAUAAUGGAUAAACACACCCUCAGUGCCACGCUGUUGCGUUGUGGACUGACCAGAGACGCCCUCCAGAUGGUCCUUUCUGGAGAGACACCUGUAGCAUUAGUCCUUGCUCGUCCAGCAUGUCACCACGUGCCCUUCCGUCUGGGGCUUGAAGAAGGUCGCUCUCAAGAAUCCCUUUCGACAAGCUUCGAUAGUACUGAAUCGAUCAAAUGCUGCCGAUGCGAGAGAGGCGAUGAUGAGCCGUGUCUACUGGUAUGCGACAAUCCGGACUGUGGUCAAGGAUGGCAUUCGUUUUGCCUCCCAUACUCUCUUGGUCGCGACGUCCUCUUUAUGAAGGACUUCAGGACUGGCAGAUGGUUCUGUCCACAAUGCCUUAGUACAGAAGAUCGAAUCAGUCCUGCCGAGGCGGAGGCCUGCCGCUUGCUUAUCAGUGUGUGUCAAAGCCGAGCGAAAGAGCCACCUUUUUCCUCACGGAGCAUCGACUCACCUGAAGAAGAAGCUUUACGGAAGCUACCAAUUGGGAACGAGAUUAGUCUUGGUUUUUGCUUUAUAAAUGCAGUAGCGUUUGCUGUCAAACAGUUGCUUAAUUCGAUCUCAGAGGAAAGAAGAAUCAUGAUACUUGAUGUUGACGUUCACCACGGCAAUGGUAACGAAACAGCAUUCUACGAUGAUCCGCGAGUGUUGACGUUCUCCAUACACCGAUAUGGCCCGGAUAGUACUGGAGAGUACGUCAUGCCGGGAACAGGAUGGCACGAAGACUUGGGUGACGAAGCUGUUCCUAAGUCGAUCGGCAUGAAUCUCAACUUCGAGAUGAGUGAAGGGGAAGGUGACCGAGAGUACGUCGAUGUGGUCACCCGCAUAGUACGGCCGGUGAUAGAACAGUGGCGGCCAGAUGUGGUGGUGUUACUUUGUGGAUUUGAUGCGAUCGAUCACUCCUCCGCGGCUGUGACAUUCACUGGUCCUGGUAUGGACUGUAAACUCUCGCCAGAAUGGUUUGCUUGGCUGUACCCGUAUUUGGCCAGCAUUGUGCCGAGCGGACGGAUGGUGUGCUGCACGGAAGGCGGGUAUAAUCCCGAAUCUUCUGGCCGUGCGGGAUGGCUUCUCGUUGGCAGCAUGGUUGAACAUUUGACAGCUGUUGAGAAGGACCGGCCUAAAGCUAUCUCUGCGGCCAUCGAGCGGAGGCCCGACGUGCUACCAAUUUCCGACUUCGCACGACAGCGCUCGUGGGAAUCGAGACUGAAUGAACAUAUAAAUAAAUUCCGCAGCGCUGGUUGGAAUAUACCUGCCGCUUGAUUAUGUAUCGUACAGUAAUACGUACCAACUAAAUUACCAGUAGUGUAGUCUAGUACUGUUGAGAGAGAGCAGAAUUCA